AAAAAAAAAAUGGCUGCUUGUUAAUAACUGAGAGUGUAUUCCGUGUGUAUUCUUCCAAGGCACAUUAAAAUUAUUCGGUAUUAAAUUACCCCAAAAAAAUGUAUCAAAACAUGAAAAAUUGCAGGGCCAAUUUGGCCACAAUUUCAAAAACAAUGCAUUCAAUUAAAUUAAUGAAUUCAAAUGGAGCACUCUCGAUUAUUCAAAAUCAACAAGUACUAUUAACACCAUCGUCAUCAUCAUCAUCAACUUAUAAAACGACAAGAUACUAUUCAAAUCAAGCAAGAAGACCAAAUUUUAUAUCACAAUUUUUAGAUAAUUUUAAACAAGAAAUGCAAAAAAAUAAAGAAAUGAAAGAAUCAUUAAAAAAAUUUCGUGAAGAAGCUGAAAAAUUAGAACAAUCAGAUGCAUUAAAAUCAGCACGUCAAAAAUUUCAUACUGUUGAAUCAGAAGCAAGUAAAAGUUCUGAAGUAUUAAAAGAAAAACUAGAUACACUUAAAGAAAAAGUACAAGGUGUUAUUGAUGAAGCUGGUAAAACUGAACUUGGUAAAAAAGCUGGACAAAUAAGUGAUGAUUUAACAAAAACAGCAAUGGAUGCUGCAUCAACAAUAAAUGAAACAACUCAAGCAUUUGGUAAAACAAAUGCAUAUAAAAAAAUAUCCAGCACUGCUGAAGUUGUACGUGAUGAAAUUGAUCAUGAUGAUUUACUAGGACGUGUUUAUACACCAUUAAAAAAAUUACGUAAACGUAAAGAAAUAAUUGAAGGUGAUGAAAAAAUAUAUGAAGUUAAUAAUGAUGCAACUGGUGUUGAAUUGCAUAAAGAUUCAAAAUUUUAUGAACAAUGGAUAAAUUUUAAAAAUAAUAAUCCAUAUGUUGAUAAGAUGCUUGAUUGGAAAAUUAAAUAUGAUGAAUCAGAAAAUCCAUUGAUACGUGUAUCAAGAAUAAUUACUGAUAAAGUAACAAAUGUCAUGGGUGGUUUAUUUGAAAAAACUGAAUUAUCAGAAACACUUACUGAAAUAUGUAAGACAAAUCCAAGCUUUGAUAGAAAUGAAUUUGUACAUGAUUGUCAAACAGAUAUUAUUCCAAAUAUAUAUGAAGCAAUGAUGAGAGGUGAAUUAGAAAUUUUGAAAGAUUGGUGUCAUGAAGCAGCAUACAAUAAAAUUGCACAGCCACUUUUAGAAUAUAAAAAAUUAGGAUAUAAAUUGGAUAAUAAAAUUUUAGAUAUUGAUAGUGUUGACUUGUUGGGGGGCAGCAUUAUAGAAGGACAAGGACCUGUUUUGAUAGUUGGUUUUCGAUCACAACAAACAAUGUGUGUUAGAGAUGCUAAAAAUAAUGUUAUUGAAGGUGAUCCAGAUAAAAUUAUGAGGAUCAAUCAUGCAUGGAUAUUGUGUCAUGAUAAUAGCGAAAUGAAUCCAAAAGCAGCAUGGAGAUUGUUAGACUUUAGUUCAAACGGUCAUGAACAACUUGUCUAGCCAAAUUAAUAAAAAAUACAUUUGAUAAAUUAUCAUAUUAAUCAAUUAUUUUAUUUGAUUAGAACGUUUUUUAAUAUGGUUAACAAUAUGACAUGUUUAACAAAACAAUUGACAAAAGCUUCUACAAGUAGUUGAAAAAUAAUUACAUUAUUUUCUUGUUUUUUUUCUUUUUUUUUUUUUUUUUUUUUUAUAUCAAUUUAAAUUGUUAAAGAAAAAGAAAAAAAAACAUUUAAUACCUUGAAAAUAUAUUAAAUUCGUUACAUUUAAAUUAAAUUCAAUUAAUAAUUAUUAAUUUCAUUUUUUUUUUUCUAAACAAAUGACAAAAUUUUUCAUUAUUAAAAAAUGAAAAAAAAAAACAACCAAGUAAAUUUUAAUGUUUUUUAUUUUUCAAUUAAAAAAUUGAAACAAAAUAAACCCUAAAUUAUGUACAAAUAUAAAAAUCAUGUAUAUAUAAAACAAUUGAAUUAGUCAAUUAGAAUAAUUCAUUUUUUUUUUUAUUGUUAAAAAAAAAAAUAAAGAAAAACUAAAAAAAUAAAAAAAA